AGCUUGAAAGUAACAGACAAUCGAUCUGGUGAAACGACUUUUGUUCCUGUCAAGGAUGAUACUAUUGACACGACUGCAUUUGCUAAACUUGGCUUGACAGCAUACGACCAUGGAUAUAUGAACACUGCUGUUUGUCGCUCUGCAAUUAGUUAUAUCGAUGGUGACAAGGGAAUUCUUAGAUAUCGUGGAUACGACAUUGAAGAGUUGGCAGAAAAGUCCACUUUUUUAGAAGUCGCCUAUCUUCUUAUAUUUGGCGAACUUCCUUCUGGUGAUCAGUUGGAGAAAUGGACUACUCGCGUACAGAGGCAUACAUUUAUUCACGAAAACAUGAUCGACUAUCUAAAGAGCUUUCGUUACGAUGCUCAUCCUAUGGGCAUGCUGGUUUCUGCUAUUGCUGCCAUGUCGACCUUUCAUCCAGAAGCCAGCACUGCACUAUGUGGCGAGGAUAUUUACGAAAAUGAAUCAAUGGUUAACAAACAAAUAUUUCGUUGCUUAGGAAAACUACCUACUUUGGCUGCAUGUGCCUAUCGUCAUCGUAUUGGACGAAGUUACAACACUCCGUCCAAUGAGCUUGAAUACACUGAAAACUUUUUGUAUAUGCUUGACAGACUGUCUGAAACAAACUAUACACCUCAUCCACAGCUGGCUCAUGCUUUGGAUGUAAUCUUUAUUUUGCAUGCUGACCACGAGUUAAAUUGCUCAACUGCUGCCAUGCGUCAAAUGGCAUCCACGGGUACCGAUCCCUUUGUGUGUCUAGCUGGUGCUUCAUCUGCUCUCUACGGACCUUCACAUGGUGGUGCCAACGAAGCUGCACUGAGAAUGCUCGAAGAAAUAGGUAGUAUUGAGAAAAUUCCCGCGUUUAUCGAGGAAGUCAAGGCCAAGAAACGUCGUCUCAUGGGUUUUGGCCAUCGUGUUUAUAAAAGCUAUGAUCCUCGAGCCAAAAUUCUCAAAAAAAUUUCCAGUCAAGUAUUUGAUAUUAUGGGCCGAAGCGAUCUGGUCAAUGUGGCGCUUGAACUGGAAAGAAUUGCUUUGAGUGACGAAUAUUUUAUCAAGCGUAAUCUGUAUCCUAAUGUUGAUUUCUACAGCGGUCUUAUCUACAAAGCUAUGGGCUUUCCAACCGACUUUUUUCCCGUUCUGUUUUGCAUUGCUCGCACUGCUGGAUGGCUUGCCCAUUGGCGAGAACAACUUCAUGAUCGUGUUCCUAUUUUCCGUCCUCAGCAGGUGGAUAUUGGACAGGAAAAAAGACAUUAUAAGGAGCGCCUUGGCGAUUCGGCAGCUUCUAUUCUUAAUGGAAUUCACUCUCGCAAAAACAUUCCGCCUUCACACAACUAGGCUUCAGGAAUGUUUGACAAGAUAGUGGCGAGCUCUUCAAGUGGCUUGAUCAUAUAUGAAGAUUGCUGGUAUCCUACCAUUUCCCGUAUCACUCCGCUGAUGAGCUCGCGUUUACUGAAGUUGAUUCUGUUUUGGAUAUUAUCAGGGUUUCCAUCUUCCAUGUAUGUCACUGUUGCAAUUGGUUAGCUGUUUGAUACUAUUCACUUUGGAUUUUCAAUAAAUAACCACAUCAAACC